UGUUCGCAAAUAAAGUUGGGAAGUUUCAAUUGCAAGAGUGACGUAAGCCAAUCGAUAUGCGCAUGCGUUACCUCGGAUAAAACACGUGAAGAAGCAUGGCAGACAAACCUGAGGAGGUGGCGCUGGACCGGGUACAGGUGAAGAAAGCAGUUCAAGCACUGCUGGCUUUCCUGAAGACUAAGUCUACCCCAGACUCUCUGCUCCUGGACGAGAGUCAACACCUAUCCCUCCUCUUUACACUAUGGAAAAUCCCCAAGCAGGCCCAGACCAUCCGCAUCCCCUUGCCUCAUGGCAUCCGGACUGACACAGAUGAGGUUUGUCUCUUCACCAGAGAUGAGCCCAACAUGACCCCUGACCAGACCCAGAGGUUCUACAAGAAACUGCUGGCUGAGAGAGGGGUCAAGAACGUCACAGAGGUGAUCCCUUACAAAAUGCUGAAGACUGAGUACAAGCCCUUUGAGGCCAAAAGAAGGCUGCUGGGGAAUUUUGACAUGUUCCUGUCAGAUGACCGUGUUCGCCGCCUGCUGUCCUCACACAUUGGCAAGCACUUUUACGAGAGGAAAAAGGAGCCUUUGUCAGUAAACCUGCAGAGCAAGAAGCUGGCCUUAGAUAUCCAGCGAACCAUCCAGGGAACAACCAUCUCCAUUUCUAAGAAAGGCUGCUGCUGCAUGGCUCGUGUGGCCCACUCUGGGAUGGCUGCAGAUGAAAUAGCAGAGAAUAUCGACUCGGCUGUUAGCACCAUUGUGACCAAACUACGCGUGAAAGGACCAUUGAUAAAGAUCAUCCACCUGAAGAGCCAGUCAUCAGUAGCUCUGCCCAUCUACACCUCUAACAUGAACCACCUGACCCUCUUAGAAGAGACAAAGAAACAGGCCCGCACAGCCAUGGAUGCCAAGAAAACUGCAAGCAAACAGAAGUCUGCCAAGAAGGAACAGAAGUCUACAGAAAAAAACACAGGUGCUGAAGUAGAGGAAGAGAUUCCACAGCUUGUUCCCAUAGUACCGCCAAGCAAAAAAGCUAAACUGGAGAAGCAGACCAAGAAGGGACUUGAGAAGGCACCCAACCCGACAGGGGGGAAGAAGGCACCCAACCCGACAGGGGGGAAGAAGGCACCCAACCCGACAGGGGGGAAGAAGGCACCCAACCCGACAGGGGGGAAGAAGGCUAUGAGAAGAAAAAGCAGAAGGACCAAGAAGGCUGCUUAAAGGAAAGUGCCUCAAUCUCGACGACUUUGGUCUUGAUAACUCAAUGAACAUAGCGUUCCUAUCCAUUAAUGUCUUACUCCCCCUUUCUCUACAUGGAACUGACUUCAUCACUGAUUAUAAAGGACUGGUUUAUAAAUAUAGAACUGGUAACGUUUCAGUUUGUUGAAUUGAUCCAAGGACAAAUUCAAAUGAGCUGUAAUUGUCUGUCUGCCUCAAAGGGUUUUGUUUAAUGUAAUGUGUAAACUCAACUUAUAAAUUUAAAAAACUA